AUGCUCGGGGCAAACCAAAAAUCAAUGAUCAAUACCCCUCCGAGCGGCGAAGUUCCGGCGCCGCGUCUGAAGGCCGCCUCCCGUCGCUCGCUCCCCGCUCUCCCACCCGACGGAGGCCGGGACCGCCUCCCAGCGCCGACACGGCUCGGCCGGAAGCACGUCGGGAGGGGCAUCCAGGCGGGUCGCGGGAAGGCGCCGCCGGCCCUCCAGGGCGCCUCUGCCUCGGCGCGGACGCCCGACCAGCCCCGCGGCCCAGGGGCGACGCGCCCAGGGAGAGGCCCCGCUCCGGCCCCGCCGAGCCCCCUUCGCACGUGCGAGCCUCCCCGCAAGCGCGGCCCCACCUGGGACCACGUGACAGCCCCCCGCGGGGCCAGGCGCAGGGAGGACCCGAGGCGGGAGGGGCGCGGCGCUUCCUUCCUGCUUCCUCGGAAACGGCGCGAAGGGAGGUCCCACCCCCACUUCCGGAAUCCGUUCCGCGGGGCAGGGAGCAUCGCGGCUCGGCGGCAGGGAAGGGAACGGAGGCCCCGCCCGCCUCUCCUCCUCCUCCUCCUCCUCCCCCCCCCUUUGCCCUCUCGCCCUUCAGGGGGACGGCCGCGUCCGGCGGAGGAAGGAGGCGAAGCCGAGCGGAGAGGAGGGAGCCCGCACAGGAGCCCCCCGGUCCGGGCCGCGGCGGCGGGAAAGGCGCGGCCGCUGCGGGGCUGCCGAAGGGCCGCCCAACGAGAUGAUCCAGAGCGAGGAGGGACCCCCUGGAAGGAGGGUGCCCGGGAAGCGAUGCGGGGCGGCGGAAUAGGCGGGAAAAUUCACCCAGGAGAGAAACCCUAUAAAUGCCUGGAGUGCGGAAAGGGCUUCAGUCACAGGGGAAGCCUUAAUACACAUCAACGAAUCCAUUCAGGAGAGAAACCCUAUAAAUGCCUGGAGUGUGGAAAAGCCUUCCUAACAAAUGGAAAUCUCCAAAACCAUCGAAUAAUUCACACAGGAGAGAAACCCUAUCAAUGCCUGGAGUGUGGAAAGAGUUUCGGUCAGAGAGGACAUCUCAGUCAACAUCAAAAAAUUCACACUGGAGAAAAGCCCUAUAAAUGCCUGGAGUGUGGAAAAUCCUUCCUAACAAAUGGAACUCUCCAAAACCAUCAAAGAAUCCAUUCCGGAGAGAAACCCUACAAAUGCCUGGAGUGUGGAAAGAGUUUCAGUCAGGGAGGACAUCUCAGUCAACAUCAAAAAAUUCACACGGGAGAAAAGCCCUAUGCAUGCCUGGAGUGUGGAAGGAGCUUCAGUGAGAGGGGAAGGCUUAAUACACAUCAAAGGAUCCAUUCAGGAGAGAAACCCUAUAAAUGCCUGGAAUGUGGAAGGAGCUUCAGUCUGAGGCGAAGCCUUUACAGACAUCAAAGGAUCCAUUCAGGGGAGAAACCCUAUAAAUGCCUGGAAUGUGGAAGGAGCUUCAGUCUGAGGGGAAGCCUUUAUAGACAUCAAAGGAUCCAUUCAGGAGAGAAACCCUAUAAGUGCCUGGAGUGUGGAAAGAGUUUCAAUCAGUUAGGACAUCUCAGGAGACAUCAAAGAAUUUACACGGGAGAGAAACCCUAUCAAUGCCUGGAGUGAGGAAAGAGUUUCAGUCAGGGAGGACAUCUCAGUCAACAUCAAAAAAUUCACACUGGAGAAAAGCCCUAUGCAUGCCUGGAGUGUGGAAGGAGCUUCAGUGAGAGGGGAAAACUUUAUACACAUCAAAGAAUCCAUUCAGGAGAGAAACCACAUAAAUGCGUGGAGUGUGGAAAGAGCUUCAGUCACAGUGGAAGCCUUUAUAGACAUCAAAGGAUCCAUUCCGGAGACAAACCCUAAAAAUGCCUGGAGUGCGGAAGGAGCUUCAGUGUGAGGGGGAACCUUUAUACGCAUCAAAGAAUCCAUUCAGGAGAGAAACCAUAUAAAUGCCUGGAGUGUGGAAAGAGUUUCAGUCUUAGUCGAAGCCUUUAUACGCAUCAACGAAUCCAUUCAGGAGAGAAACCCUAUAAAUGCCUGGAAUGUGGAAAGAGUUUCAGUCUUAGUCGAAGCCUUUAUAUACAUCAAUGAAUCCAUUCAGGAGAGAAACCCUAUAAAUGCCUGGAAUGUGGAAAAAGUUUCAAUCAGAUAGGAAGUCUCAGGAUACAUCAAAGAAUUCACACAGGAGAAAAGCCCUAUAAAUGCCUGGAGUGUGGAAUCGGCUUCAGUUGCAGUGGAAGCCUUUAUAUACAUCAAAGAAUCCAUUCAGGAGAAAAACCCUAUAAAUGCUUGGAGUGUGGAAAGAGCUUUACUCAGACUGGACAGCUCAGGCUACAUCAAACAGUUCACACGGGAGAAAAACCCUAUAAAUGCCUGGAGUGCGGAAGGAGCUUCAGUCAGAGUGGAAGCCUUGAUAAACAUCUAAGAAUCCAUUUAGGAGAGAGACCAUAUAAAUGCUUGGAGUGUGGAAAGAGUUUCAGAUCGAGAGGAGAGAUCAGGAUACAUCAAAGAAUUCACACGGGAGAAAAGCCCUAUAAAUGCCUGGAGUGUGGAAUUGGCUUCAGUUGCAGUGGAAGCCUUUGUACGCAUCAAAGGAUCCAUUCAGGGGAGAAACCGUAUAAAUGCCUGGAGUGCGGAAAGAGCUUUACUCAGACUGGACAGCUCAGGCUACAUCAAACAGUUCACACGGGAGAAAAACCGUAUAAAUGCCAGGAAUGCGGAAAGAGCUUCAGUUGCAGUGCAAGCCUUUAUAGACAUCAAAGCCUCCAUUCAGGACAGAAAGCAUAAAAAUGCAUGGAGAUUCAGUCACAAUGUGGGUCUCAGUAAACAUUAUAAACUUCACACAGAGAAGGAAGUUUAUAAAUGCACAGAGUGUUAAAAACCCUUCAGCAGAAAUGGAAAUCUCCAGAACCAUUUUAGAGUCCACACAGGAGAGAAACCAUAGAAAUGGAUAGAGCGUGUUUGAAAUCUUCAGUAACCAGCAAAGUCAGUGCAGUCCUGGAUGAGCUGCACAAGGGUUUCUCAAGGGCUAAACAAGUCAUUGUUUACACACAGACUCUAAU